AACUCUGUUAGCCAUGGUUAAGUUUCGAUGUUCACGCCCACUUUUCACUUCAGCGCGGAGUUGCCUGUUCAUUGCUUGCGGCACCCCGUCUGCUUUCACUUAGUCGGCUUCACUCACCUGGACACUUUUGAGUGUCGGUUUUUUCUUCCAAAUUGGGGUGAAGUCUAAUCCAACGCGCCGGGGGGUGAGGUUCUGUUGCUCGGGGCACCUGUUGUUGCGGCGAAGUGGAGAUCAGAGGAGGUGGAGGAAUUGGGGCUUCGUUUUCUUUGUAUUUUCUUGCUUGUCGGGUGGUCUGGCCAUCGGUCAUGGUAGUAACUCGCCAAGAGAAGGGAAUUGUCGCGUGAAGAUGUUCAGUGAUGUAGUCGGAAUUAAUGUCGGAGGUUUAGAGCACGUAGCUCUGAAUUAGUUGUUGCUCAAGGAAACAGGGCUGAUCACGUCCUGGUUGAUUCAAUCUAGAAAAGUCGAUGUCUACAGCAUUUGGCGGUAAUUGUGUGGAGGUGGAUUUGCCUAUGAUCCAAAAUCCAUACACGUGACAAAGUUCUCGGUUCCACAGAGUCUCGAAGAAUUGAAGUUUUUUUGUCCAUCCACUGGGUUGUCAAGGGCAUUUCUGGACGUUUCUCAGCUUUUCAAGAAACGGAUCUUCUCCAUACUUCAUAUUCAUUCCUUUCCACAUCAGAGGAUUGCAAAGGACCCAACAACACACAGACAACUACAUGUGAAUGUGACAGUUUAAGCCGUUACCAAAGUUCUUUCAAGGUCUACCCUCUUAUUAGAAAAGGUUAACCAGAGUUAGACGGUUUAGAGCCAUCAGAAAUGAUAGAAAAGAAGCCUUCUCGGUGGGGGCUGCUCUCGCGGCAGGCUAGCGUCCUGGGUCGCUUCAAAAACAAGCUUAGAUUGAAGAAACUCGAAUGGAAAAGGUUUUACGAACAGUUCUGGGGGCCGGCACCUCCAAAUCCAGCAUCACAAGAUGAUUUUAAUGAGUGGCCGGAUAGCUGCUACAGCACUGAAGGUAGUCAUACGUCAAAGAACAACUCGCUGCACUUGGACUCCUCAUCUUCGGAGGAUUAUUGGGCUCUUUUUCGACAAGAGCAGAUUGAAAACCCACCCCCAUUCCAACUAGGUGAUCGAAGUUUUGUGCCUGAAAUUUGUCCAGUGGUUCCCUCCACAUUCCAACAGGACUCGGGAAUGUAUGCGCAAAGUGAACAAUUCCAUCUCACGCAAGGCAGAGGCGAUUUUGUCACGACGGCGCUGCCGGGUUCUCCAGUUGUCGGCACAACGGAAGCAUCGUUAAAUGGUCAGCAACAACUACCGACGCCGCGGUUGGAUCAUACGAAUUCAUUCGACUCAAAUCCAUUGUCCGUUGACGAUUAUGCAGAAACGGAGAAUGAUGCCAUUUCGGAAUGGCUGCAGCUGGAUUUACCGAAGUCGGAACAGCAAGGAUCGUCUCAUCUGAAUACCGACAUCAUGAGGAGCAUGAACACGAGAUACUCGGGAGAAGCUUCCACUAUGCCAUUAACCCCUGAAGCUCGACUGCAGUGGUUCAAACAAUUUUUUGAACUCGGCGCGGAAGAGGCAUUGACACGGCCUCACCAAGCCUCAACAGAGCUAGGCUGGCGGGUCAUGGUGCGUAUCGUUUGCGCCUGCCGAAAACUUUCAAGACUUAUAAGAAGAAGAAGAGUGGACGAAAUUCCGCCGGGUCGGGCUAUAGUGCGUAAGAGAAACAGAGGAUUUGGAGAAAACCGCAGCCAAUUGUACAGGGGAGUUCGGAGAAGAAAUGGGAAAUGGGUAUCUGAGAUCAGGGUUGGUCAGACAAACGAGAAAGUAUGGCUUGGCUCCUUCGAUACAGAAAAAGAGGCUGCGCUUGCAUUUGAUGCGGGGAAGUAUCACUGCAGUUCACAGCGGCGCUGCAGCUACAACUUUCCGGAAUCUCCUCUAUUGCUUGGGCCUCCCGUGAACAUCCAUGAGCUCAGUCCUGCGGACAGGAAGAGAACCAUUCAGAAGUUGGCGGAGGAUCAUGUCAAAGCUUGCACAUCAGAUCAAAUCCGAUCAACCAACUAAUUCUGCUUGGUGACACCUUUCACCACAAGGACGACAACCUUAGGGCUUUCCAUUGUUCACUUUCACCCAUUGUCAAUCAGUAUUCGUUUUUUCCUUUUCCUCUUCUUUUAAAAAACUUAGAAAAUUCUGUUUUCAAUGCAAUGCACUGUGUCUACAAUGAAGUAGGCACUGGACAUGUUGCACAAUAGCCCAGAAGUAGCAAUUUUCUUUCCUGCUUUAGAGAAUCCGACAGUCUGGAGUAGUUCCGUAUCUGCAGCGUAAGCGAGCUAAUAUCCGUUGAAGACUUCUGAGAGCGUUGUUCAACGAAAUGCCUACCUUGGAGAUCGAGUGCUUGAUAUUCAAGCUCCAUCACUCGGACCACCAAACACUGGCAUUGAAGACGUUGCAGAGGUACUCAAAGAUGUGCAAGUCCAAGCGAAAUGGUGUCUAGAGAUGGUAAGUGCCUGCACAGCAAUCAAUGCUUAAGCUGGGUCAAGUCAUCACCCAGAAGAUUAAAAGAGCACAUGUGCCAUAAUGGCAUUGAAUAAGUGCUCAUGCAGUGGACUCGUUUGCUUUGUUGUUGUUUCUGUGAGACAUGAAUUCUCUACUUGAGCUUUUCGAGGUGAACUUUCAUGGGUGCCAUCUGAGAGCAGGUCUGUUCACUCUUGAUUGCAACACUUCGUGCUGGGAAGAAACGCAAUCAUCAGUGCUGAUCGUUGAGCACGACGCAACUUACGAAGAAGCCAUACAAGUCUUGCAAGAUAUGAAGAAUGAUCAAUAUUGGGCUGCAACAAAGUCUGAUGGUUUUCACCUUGAGACUUCAUUCAUAGCAAGAAAGUAGCACAAAAUAUUCUGAUUCGCAUCUCUCUGUUAUCUUGCAAGGGGUGUAGCAAUAUUUAUUGAACGAUAUUGUGUACAAAAUUUUGGUAACUUUGCACACUGCAAUUUGAGCCAUCAAUGUUAGGGGAAUGCUACAUGGUCAAUUUACCCAUA